CUUCAAACUCGCAGCCCAUCUAUCUGCCCCUCCUCCACCUGGCACCACCCCCAUCCCAUCCCAUCCCGUGAGCUUAUUACCCGCCCAGCCCAGCCAUCCCAUCAUCCGGCCGGCUUACACCGCACUACAGUAUACGUGCCAUAUCUUGGCCCCGCGCCUCCUCUCCUACCCCCCCUCCGCGGUCCUUUUCCUAAGCGACGAAGCGCGCGCUCCCCAUAUCUAAGUUCCUCCACGACAGUCUCCCCCCCGCACGAUCAGGAAUCUAGUCCCCUUACCCCCGAAACGCCAGCACCCCCAUCGACUUGGAGAAUCCCGGGCGCCUCGCAACCCCGCGCGAAAAGGCAAGGCAUAGGCAUAGGACCAACGGCAUCACCCCCCAACGAGCCGUGGGCGCAUACCUACGCCUCCUCCGUGUUAGCGGGCUGGUCCUCCGCCACUGCCCUUCCUGCCGCCGCUUACAGUCAGUCGACGGCGUCGGCUGUUGGUCCUGGGAUCCGCCGCCGACGCUCUCGGCGGAGCCAUCGCAUCGCAUCGCAUCGCAGCAGACGGGAGUAGCGCAUCACAGCCAGGCACGCAGGCACGCAGCACCGCAGGCAUCAAACGAUCCGACGUCGAGAUGAAAUAAAAGUCUCUUCUUUUGACCCGUUCCGCCCAAUGCCCCCCAAGACGCAUAAGAAGAGAGAACCCGCGCUCGAUCGCUGCAACAAGGAGACAGAGACAAAGAUAUACCCCCAUACCACAACACACCGCACCAUGCCUGGCAUCGUCGACCCCCAGGCCCCCCUGGACAUGGCCGUCGUCGGCUCUGGCCUGGGCGGCCUCUCCGCCGCCAUCGCCCUCCGCCGCGCCGGCCACCGCGUCACCAUCUACGAGCGCUACGACUUUGGCGGCGAGGUCGGCGCCUCGCUGUCGUGCGCCUCCAACGGCUCCCGCUUCCUCGAGGAAUGGGGCGUCGACGUCGCCAAGGCCAGGCCCGUCGUCCUGCGCGACCUCAUCCGCCACGAGUGGUCCACCGGCGACGUCUUCGGCGUCUACCCCCUGGGCGACUACCGCGAGCGCUUCGGCACCGACUACAACAACUUCCACCGCAUCGACCUCCACCAGCACCUCAAGCGCGUCGCCACGUCGGACGAGGGCGGCGGCGUCCCCGCCACCCUCAAGGUCUGGCACAAGGCCACCGGCCUGGACCCCGCCGAGGGCCGCAUCUCGUUUGAAAACGGCGCCGAGGCGACGCACGACGUCGUCGUCUGCGCCGACGGCAUCCGCAGCCAGAUGCGCGAGCGGCUCGGCGUCGUGCCCAACGUCUCGCGCUCCACGUCGUGCUGCUACCGGUGCAUCAUCAGCGCCGACAAGCUGCGCGAGCUGGGCCUGCAGGAGUUUUGCGAGCGCAGCGCCAUCGAGUUUUGGGGCGGCGACGGCAUCGACAAGAUCGUCAUGAGCGCCUGCUCGGACCACGACGUCGUCAGCUGCUACUGCUUCUACCCGGCGGACAAAAACGACAUCCGCGAGGACGGGUGGAGCAUUUCGACCACGGGCGAGACCCUCGCCAGCACGUUCCCGGGGCUCGACGAGCGCCUCAAGACGCUCUUCCGCAACGCCGAGGACAUCAAGAUGUGGCGGCUGUACAACCACGACCCGUACCCGUACUGGGUCAAGGGCCGGUGCUGCCUGCUGGGCGACGCCGCGCACCCCAUGAUGCCCGACCAGUCCCAGGGCGCGUGCAUGGCCAUCGAGGACGCCGGCGCCCUGGGCAUCCUCUUCUCGCCGCGGUACGCGGCCCUGUCGGUGGCGCAGAGGCUGCGCCUGUACGAGGAGGAGCGCAAGCCGCGCGCGACCCGCCUGCAGGAGAGCAGCAGGCGCGCGCGGACGGACCUGACGGAGCGCAUCGGCUGGAGCAGCGCCAACGACCGGCCGGGCAAGCUGACCAUUGAGGAGGUGUGCGGCUACGACAUGCACGCGCACGUCGCGGAACUCGCGAGGAAGCUGGAGGGGUAG